AUGGCAGCCUUACCUCCAGAACGCACAGAGCUAACCAGACCAUUCGCAAACACGGGCAUCGAUUUCACCGGCCCGUUCGACAUUCGUAACUUUACCGGACGAGCCUGCCUAAUUACUAAAGGCUACGUCUGCGUCUUCGUAUGUGUAUAUGCAACAAAUGCUAUCCACUUAGAAGCCACAAGCGAUUUGUCUACCUCAACCUUCAUAGCCGCCUUGAAUCGAUUCGUAGCUCGGCUUGGAUGCCCACGCAAUAUAUAUUCCGAGAAUGGCACGAAUUUCGUGGGGGCUAACAAAAUGAUAAAGCAGGAUUUUGAGAACUUCGUCAAAUCGGCAUCCCAUCUGGCUAUUCAAUCCUUCGCCCACCAGGAGUUGAGCUGGUACUUCAUACCUCCCGGUGCACCCCAUAUGGGAGGAAUAUGGGAAGCCGGAGUAAAAAGUUUCAAAACACAUUUCAGGAAGGUAUCAGAGUCAAUGCGAUUCACGAUGGAGGAGUUUUCAACCCUGUUAGCCAAAAUCGAAGCUUGUCUAAACUCAAGACCGAUUAGCCCGCUUUCAGACGACCCCGACACAUUGGAACCACUCACCCCAGGACACUUUUUGGUCGGAAGCCCGCUACUCGCAAAGGCUGAACCGGAGACAGUCGGCAACCCGAUAUCGAUCGUCAACCGCUGGCAGAAGAUAAAAGCAAUUCACCAAGGACUCUGUCGGCGUUGGAAAGCAGAAUACCUUAAAGAAUUGCAGAAACGCGAGUACAAUACGUGA